UUCCAGCGACUUCUAACCAGGGGAGGGGGGUAGGGAAGAGAAGAAGGGGGGAACAGAGAGAGGAAAAACACUACCCCAGCCUCACUGUGUCCUUUCUGUCGCCAUAUUCUCCAUGCAGAUCUCCAGCAGCACACAGGACAGCAAGAAACUUCCAACUCUGCCUUGAAAUCCACCCUGUUAAAAGCAGGCUGCAGAGAAGAAGAGCAGAUCACCUUUCAAGGCCAGCUGAUCCAAGAUGACAAACAUAUCCUAUCACAUCUCCAACCUCCUGGAGAAGAUGACAUCCACCGACAAAGAUUUUAGGUUUAUGGCUACCAAUGACCUGAUGAUGGAACUGCAGAAAGAUUCCAUAAAGCUUGAUGAAGACAGUGAGAAAAAAGUUGUGAAAAUGCUUCUAAAAUUGCUGGAGGACAAAAAUGGGGAGGUGCAAAAUCUGGCUGUCAAAUGUUUGGGCCCUUUGGUGAGCAAAGUGAAAGAAUAUCAGGUGGAAACGAUUGUUGAUACAUUAUGUACGAACAUGUUAUCAGAUAAAGAACAGCUCCGGGAUAUCUCAAGUAUUGGACUGAAGACUGUAAUUUCCGAGUUGCCGCCUCCAUCUACAGGUUCUACCAUGACAGCCAAUGUGUGUAAAAAAAUCACAGCUCAACUGACUGGAGCCAUUGGGAAGCAAGAAGAUGUGUCUGUGCAGCUUGAGGCUCUUGACAUUUUGUCAGAUAUUUUGAGCAGGUUGGGGGGGACUCUAUAUUCCUUCCAUUCCUCCAUCCUGAAUUGCCUCCUUCCUCAGCUCACAAGUCCCAGGUUGGCUGUGCGCAAAAGGGCCAUCAUUGCCCUCGGCCACCUGGUCUUGACUUGCAAUGGAAACAUCUUUGCAGAGCUUAUGGAGCACCUCUUGGCAGAACUGAAAAGAAACAACUCUACUUCUACUACAAGAACAUACAUACAGUGUAUUGCUGGUAUCAGCAGGCAGGCUGGACACCGUAUAGGAGACUAUCUGGAGAAGAUGAUUCCAUUAAUAGUUCAAUAUUGCAAGGUUGAGGAUGAUGAGCUGAGGGAAUAUUGCUUCCAGGCUUUCGAGUCCUUUGUCAGAAGGUGUCCAAAAGAAAUCGGUCCUCAUCUUCCAAGUGUGACAGGAUUGUGUCUCAAGUAUAUCACUUAUGACCCAAACUACAACUACGACAAUGAGGAAGAUGAUGAAGAAGAAAUGAUGGAAACGGAAAAUGGAGAGGAGGAGGAACAAGAAAGUGAUGAUGAGUAUAGUGAUGACGAUGAUAUUAGUUGGAAAGUUCGUAGGUCUGCAGCCAAGUGCCUUGAGGCUAUUGUCAGUACUAGGCAUGACCUUCUACAAGAUUUCUACAAAACACUCUCACCAGCGUUAAUAAACAGAUUCAAAGAGAGAGAGGAAAACGUUAAAGCUGACAUCUUCUGUGCAUACAUAUCUUUGCUGAAGCAAACACUGCCUAUUCAGAACUGGCUGCAUGCUUCAGAUGAAGCGAGCAAAGAGGACAUACCUCUCACUAUGCUUCAGAACCAGGUUCCACAUAUCAUUAAGGCCUUGCACAAGCAGCUGAAAGAGAAGAGUGUCAAAUCAAGACAGGGAUGCUUCACUCUCCUGACAGAACUGGCAAAUGUUCUCCCUGGUUGCCUUGCAGAUCACAUACCUGCACUAGUGCCUGGUAUUGUUUUCUCCUUGACUGACAAAUCCAGUUCAUCCAAUAUGAAGAUUGAUACACUGUCUUUCCUUCAUGUUGUUCUUUGCAACCACUCCCGAGAUGUGUUCCACCCCCAUGUUAAGGCCCUGCUACCACCAGUUGUGACUUGCAUAAGCGAUCCCUUUUAUAAAAUAACCUCAGAAGCUCUGCUAGUUACUCAACAGCUUGUGAAGGUGAUUCGGCCCCUGGAUGGGCAUUGUACAUUUGAUGCUAAACCUUAUGUGAGAGACCUGUUUGCUGCUACUCUGAAGAGACUGAAAGCUGCUGACAUUGACCAGGAGGUGAAGGAAAGGGCUAUAGCUUGCAUGGGGCAGAUUGUAUGUAAUCUUGGAGACUACCUGAGCAGUGAUCUCCAGCCCACCUUGAAGAUUUUUCUGGAGAGGCUGAAAAAUGAAAUAACGAGGCUGACCACGGUCAAAGCGCUCACUUUAAUUGCUAGCUCUUCUCUCAAAAUUGAUUUGAGGCCCAUUUUGGCAGAAGGCUUCCCUAUUUUGGCAUCCUUUUUGCGUAAGAAUCAGCGUGCCUUGAAACUAAGCACCUUGACAGCUCUGGACAUCUUGAUCAAGAACUACAGCGAUAGCCUGAAGCCAGCCAUGAUUGAAUGUGUUCUCAUGGAGCUUCCUGAUUUGAUUAGCGAGAAUGACAUGCAUGUUUCUCAGGUUGCUAUCACGUUCCUCACCACUUUAGCUAAGGUUUAUCCCUCUUCCUUGUCCAAGAUCAGUGGUACGGUUCUGUCAGAACUUUUUCAGCUUGUUUACUCUCCCUUGAUGCAAGGGGGAGCCCUGAAUGCGAUUGUGGACUUCUUCCGAGCAUUGGUUGUGACCAAGACAGUCAACAUGAGUUAUGGCGAACUCAUGAAGCAGCUGACGAAACCCAUAUAUUCCUCAAGUGAAAUAUCUGCAAGUUUACACAAGCAAGCCUAUCAUUCUGUUGCCAAGUGUGUAGCAGCCCUUUCUUCUGAAUGUCCCAAAGAAGUCCCUGGUAUAGUAAACCAGUUCAUUCAGGAUGUGAAGAACCCCAAGUCCAGUGCUGCUGUGAAAAUGUUGGCCUUCCUUUCACUGGCAGAAAUAGGACGCACCACGAACCUCAGUGCUCAGAAGGAACUCAAAGCUGUGAUACUUGAUGCAUUUGCUUCUCCCAGUGAAGAAGUGAAAUCGGCAGCUUCCUAUGCUCUGGGAAACAUCAGUGUUGGCAGCCUUAAAGAAUACCUCCCUUUCAUGCUCAAAGAGAUUGGAGGCCAGCCAAAGCGGCAGUACUUGCUGCUCCACUCCUUGAAGGAAGUCAUCAGCUCUUCCCCAGCAGACAGCCUGAAACCCUAUGUGGAGGACAUCUGGGCCCUGCUUUUCAAGCACUGUGAAUGCACCGAGGAAGGGACGCGCAACGUUGUUGCUGAAUGCUUGGGGAAACUGACUGUUGUUAAUCCUGCUCAGUUGCUGCCCCGGCUGAAAAAACAACUGUCUUCAGGUUCCCCAUAUGCUCGAAGCACAGUAGUUACUGCAAUCAAAUUCACAAUUUCAGAUCAGCCACAGCCUAUUGAUCCUCUUCUGAAAGGAUGCAUAGGUGACUUCUUGAAAACACUUCAGGAUCCUGAUUUGAAUGUUCGACGUGUUGCGUUAGCCAUGUUUAAUUCUGCUGCUCACAACAAACCAUCUCUAAUCCGAGACCAGCUCAGCACAGUCCUACCACACUUAUACAAUGAAACAAAGAUUAGAAGGGAACUUAUACGUGAGGUUGAAAUGGGACCAUUCAAGCAUACUGUAGAUGAUGGCCUUGAUGUGAGGAAAGCUGCCUUUGAGUGCAUGUACACACUUUUGGAAAGCUGUCUGGACCGACUGGACAUUUAUGAAUACUUGAACCAUGUUGAGGAUGGCUUGAAAGAUCACUAUGAUAUCAGGAUGCUGACUUUCAUUAUGCUGGCUCGUCUGUCAACACUCUGUCCUAAUGCAGUCUUACAAAGAUUGGAACAGCUUGUUGAGCCCCUGCGAGCAACAUGCUCUACAAAGGUAAAAGCUGGUUCUGUGAAACAGGAAUUCGAGAAACAAGAUGAACUGAAACGUUCAGCGAUGAGAGCAGUAGCUGCUCUACUCACCAUCCCUGAUGUAGACAAAAGUCCUGUGAUGGCUGAAUUUUCUUCCCAAAUCAGAGCCAACCCUGAAAUGUCUUCACUUUUUGAAAGCAUUCAAAAGGAUUGUACUUCGUUAUCCACCUCAGAAUUAAUGGACAUGAGUUAGAAUGCCUCCGUUCUAUUCUUCCUACAAGUCACUAUGCUAUGAGUAUGGAAGGACACACACUAAGGUUGGUUUUAAAUAACAAAUGUCAUUUUAAAAAUGGCGCCUAUUUCUACUGAAAGGCAUGGUUUCAGACAUAAAAAUGAUGGCUAGUCCUGUUGAGAUCAACAGGGCAGCGCCACACUGAAGCUGUCAGUUACUUUUGUUUAAAUACAAUCGUGAAUAGUCUGCCAUGGUAAGCACUGACACUGGCUUAAGCUAGAGUACUGAAAAUUGUAUUUGCUCAUCUGAUUCUAUCUGAAGUGACAGCACUACGUUAGCAUUUUUAAAAGCAGUGAUAACUGGUCAAAUCCUGCUAUACCCAAGAACGCCAGUGGCUAUUAAGCUUCCAUAAUCACCUUGGUUAAGUAGUGUCUUUCAUGUGUGUAGUAUUACACAGACUUUUACAGUAGCAAAAGAUGAAACAAAGCUAUUGCCCCGAAUUCCUUUUUGAAACCUCAGUGUCAAACUAUGGAAGUGAGGUGACCCAAGUUGUCUUCCAGAAUGGAAUGCCUUACGCUUAAUUACUGUACUUUUGGCUGCUCCUACAUCUUCCUGAAACACAGUUUGUUCCUGUAUGCACCUUCUGGCUAGUGUUUACUAAUCUUUUCUUAAAGAGGAGCUGAUACCAAAGCACUGAUUAAACUACAAAAAGUUAGCAUGUUUCUCUUAAGAGCCACUCAUCUGGUAUAAAGUAUGUAGUAAUGAAAUGGCACCACCUAGUUAUAUAAAUGCUAUUGUAGUUUUAAUCCCAACAAGUGUGUUGCUCUUUUACUGUCCAGCAGAGAUGUUGAGUUCUUGCAACCAUGGAUUACUAAGAUUCACUUCUGGAUUUACUCUGCUUAAGUCAAUCUAUGAAUCACUCAAGUGCUCUAUUUAUAAAUGUGUGACACUUUCUGUUCUACAUAAGAAAAUAAAGUUCAUAAAUGCAAAAGCA